CAAGUGCGCGCGAAACGCGAAACGCAUGCGCAGAUUUAAAAAAAAAAACAGAUAAAAAAGUAACCGUAAAACGUUCUAAAACAUAAAACCUUAUUUAGGUGAUUAAACUGCGUUCAGUAAUCGGCUGCCGCUCAGUAAUAUGAUACUGUGAAUCAGUUUUUUUAUCUCGAGAGCCUUUUGAUAAGAGGCUUAGAGUGUAUAGGAAUUUAAUUCAGUACGUAAAAAUCCUGUGCAGACUAUUUCGUGUGUUGUUUUUUUUUUAAAUUUCGUUCAAUAAUUCGUUUAAAAUCCAAUAAUUUAUUGGUGGUUGUAUAUUUUUUUAUAAUCGUGUUGAAUAAAUUGGUGCUAUUUAUUAAUCGUAAAGUUAAACUCCAAAUUGGUAUUUGGAGUUUAACAAGGAGAUCGAAGAGGUUAUGCAGCAGAAGGCGCCGGGGGUGCCUAGUAACAUCAAAUUACAAAACCCGAAGAGCGCAUCCGUCGUCCGCAGAGGCGUCGCGGCGAAUUUCUUCAAGACAACCUUCAGCUCGCGUAGUAAGGCGGUCCCGGCCGCCGCGUCUUGCUCCGAACAAGAAACCACCAAAAUAGGCAGCGCGGAGACCAAACCUGUCACUAGAAACCGACCUAGAACAGUACCCCAAGUGGACCAAAAAAUCAGAAGACGGAAUAGCGACCGCAUUCUAAAUCUUCGAACAGAGAAAUAUCUAGAACCCACCAGGCCUCUCAGAACUAAACCGACCACUCCCGAUCCUGGAUCAAAACCAGAUGAGAAAGUGAGAAAUGAGGGUAGUGCGGUUUUGAAAAUCGUUAAAAAGUCCACCGCACCUAUCAGAGCGGCGCCGAAAGCUCCAGAUUCUAUUCUUCCGCCAUCUUUGAAGCCGGCAGUUUCAGAGAAAGUGAAACUUAAGCGGGAGAAAUAUGUGAACAAUAAUAGUGUUUGGACGAAUGCGAACAUUUUGAAGGUCGAGAAGAAACCGUUGAUUAAUAUUCGAGGACCAAGUCAGGGGAAGCAGGAGUCCACGCUGAAAGGAGCUCCAUCAGUCUCCAGCCUCGAUUCCAAGCACCACAAAGUCGCGCCCGCAAGAGAAAAGACGCUUAAAAUAUUUGGCUCCAAAGAAAAACUCCACAAGGCACACAAGAAGAAGGAUUUGGGGAAUAAUAAUGCUGUGUUAGAAGAUCCUGAACUGACAGAAGGUUUGGAGGGAUACGAAGAUGGACAGGUUAGGAGCCAUGAUUACGGUAGCGCGGAGGAGCUGGGAGCGGGGUCCGUAGACGAGAGGAGUUCGCAGGAGUGCAUCAGCCUACCAGUGAUGCUAAAUGCCGAACACAUGCCGGGCUUCCAAGAGGUCGAGCUUAGGCCUAGAGUACCUUCUGAGGCGUCGCUAACAUCUGGAGUGAGAGAGCUGGAGUCAUUGAGAAGAGAGCUGGAGGCAAGCAUGAUGGAGCGAGCGCAGCUGGGCGCCCGAGUGGAUGAGCUACUCGAGCGUGCUAACGAGGCAGACAGGCUGCGAUCUGAACUCGAACGAUUAAAGUUAAUAGAAGUGGAGCGCGAAGCGACGCUGGAGCGGCUGGCGGACGAGAACGGAACAUUGCGCGCGCGGCUCCGCGGCGUGGCGCACUCUCCGCUCUCCGACAGCGAGAAGCGGCAGCUGCUGCUGGCGCCCGCGCCGCGCCGCAUGCACUCCUCCGCGCCCGCCUCCAUCGCGCUCGCGCACAAUGGUGAAGGCGACAGUGGCGAGGCAAGCACGCCAGAAUGGGACAAGCACUCUUCCUCCUCGCUCAGCGAAGUUUCCGUCGCCUGCUUACAGGACCGGAUACUCCAAAUGGAAGAACAUCAUUACAGUACGAGCGAAGAACUACAAGCAACUCUCGCCGAACUGGCGGAUUUGCAAUCGCAGUUGGCCGACGCUCACGCUGAUAACGAAAGGUUGGCCGACGAGAAGCAGGUCCUAUUGGAGUCGUUGUGUCGACAGACUGAGAAACUUGAAGAUAGCCGAACGAAGGUGGACACGCUGCAAGAGAUGUUGAUGCGGGAGGGAGUUGAGCCAGAAACUGUGGUCUCCGGGGACACGGAUCAACAACUGUUUGCUGUUCUCAAAGUAUCUCAGGAAGAGAGAAGGUUGUUACUGAGCAAGCAGGAGCAGCUGGAAGCGGAUCUGACGCUGACCAAGACGGCGUUAGAAGACAAAACCAAAGAAAAUGAAACGUUGACUGAAAAAAUUAGGAGCCUAGAAAGUGCUGUGGAGAGAUUAGAAUCGGAGCGCACGCACUGGGAGCAAGAGGCGGGGUCGGCGCGCGAGGCAGCCGCCGCGAGGCAACACCAGAUCACCACGCUUGGAGAUCUGCUUGAGGCAGCGAAGGCUCAGUUGGCGGGUGCGGCGGAGGGCGCAGCGCAGGCCGAGGCGGCGGCCACGGCGGCGGCGCGGCGCGAGGCGGACGCGGCGGCUGCGCGUGCGCACACGCUCGCCGAGCGCCUCGCGCACGCGCAGCGACAGCUCGACCGAGCGCACUCCGACGCCCGGAAACUACACGACGACGCGCUUGUGUCGCGAAACAAUGCCAAAUCCACGAUCUCAGAGCUGGAAUUCCAGUUGGAGCAGUUGCGGCAGGAGAAGGCCGCGCUGCAGGCCGAGCUGCAGACGCUGCAGGAGACCACGUCAGAACUGCAGAUACAAGUACAAGUUGCCACAGACGAGAAAUUAGCUCUAAUGAGCAGAGCGGGGGAAGCUUUAGCCCGGACUGCGGAGUUGGAGCGGCAGAUACAAGACGCGAGGACCAGACUGGCGCAGGUCACGAGGGACAGGGAGAGAGAUGAAACGGAAUGGAAACAGUUCCAGAGUGAUUUGCUUAUGACCGUCCGGGUCGCUAACGACUUUAAGACGGAAGCGCAGAGGGAACUCGAGAGGCUGGUCUCAGAGAACAAGGCUUCCAGAGAUCGCAUCCGACUGCUCGAAGACCAAAUACAUUCCAUGAAAGGUGUUAACAUGCAGGAAUCUCUGGAUAGUACAAAUAACAAUUCCGACGACGGCAAACAACUGUCGAAAGAUUCCGACUCUCUAAGCGAUAGCUCUUCCAAAGAAGUGUUUAAAAAUAUUAGAACACGUUACUUGUCAAGAGUACAUAGUCAUAACGAACUUAAAAAGGAUACCAGCCUGGUUGACCAGGCAUUCUUUAAACUGAACAACGCAGUACCUCAAAACGACUAUGUAGGAGGUGAACCAGAAAAUUUCGAACUUGAAAUUGAAAAUGUUACAACAGACGAGACAGAUGACGAUGAAAUUGAUAAGUCAGGGUCAGAUGAUUUUUCUAACAAAAUUUCGGCAGAAAGCGCCCUGUAUUUAGGGCCCAAAGAACUAAAAAGGCAAGAUGCACUUGAUUUUUCCGAGUCAAACGAUACUUUGAGUGAUUCAAGUAAUACACACGAUAACGUUAAGCAUAUUUCAAAGUCCGAAUCAAAUAAAUCGGAAAACCAUAGAGAAAGAACUAUUUUUAGUAGAAAUUUAUCAGGCUUGUUUAAUGGUAAACCAAAGUCUUACAGUACAGAUAAUCUUAACGUAAACGAAGAAUUUGAAAAUGCAUUAAAAGAGGCUACUAGUAUAGAAUUUUUAGGUGAUAAUAAUUACAAUAUUAGUAAUGCGUCUCUAUUUAGUGAAGGAUCAGAUUGCGUUUUCCACCCGCCUAUGGAAACAAAUAAUAAUGUUAUACAAGAAAUUAAUAAAGAAAAUCAAAAUAAAACUAACCCCGAAGAAACUAAGGGAAGUCCGUGUAGUAUACCUGUUGUAAAAGCGGAAUCUAUUUUACCUUAUCCUUAUCCAGAGGAUAUAAGGAAAAAUGCAACAGAUAAUUUAGGAAUUAUAAAAACUUACAAAUGUAAUGUUCAACUAAAUGACUGUAUCGAAAACGAUCUUAAAAAGGUUAAUGAAGAACUAAAAGUCAAUUUCAAAGCCGCAUUAGAUAGAAUUGUUGGAACUAAAAAAGAAAAUCAGAUGACACAAUCGCAUAAAAUCGAAGAUGUUUUGCCAGAUUUUAGUGAAGUAACCAUUGUUGAAAUUGAUAUUAAUUCGGAUGUAAUAGAUAACAUUCCCGUAAAGCGUCUAUCUACUUUUAAAGGCAAUGAUAACCCUUUUGUUGAAAAUGACACAGUAUCUACUUCAAAAGUGAUUGAAAUUGAAGAAUUUGGUGAAUCUAACUCUACAUCAAAUUAUGAACAUAUCUCUAAUAACAGCAAUAGUAGCGGAAACUUAAUAAUGAUUGAAAAUAUUGAAGGAAAUGAUCAGACAGAUCCGUUUCAAAUUGAAAUCAGUAAUAAAUCUAUUGAUGUUCUGAAAGAUGAAUCAGAAACAAAACUAACAGAGAAUUCGGAAACUUUACAAAUUACUAGUUCAGUAACCAAAUAUAAUGAAAAAAUUGAAGAAUUAGACAGUGUAAAUCAAUUCACAAAAACGAUUGAUGAUCCAAAAACAGCUUUUAACCCAACGAUUGAUGAGAGUGUUAGUUAUCAUUUGAAAAUAAAUACUGUUAGUGAUUUAUCGCCCUGCAGCUUUUCUAACAAGAUAGCUAAUAACAACAGCAACAUGUCAAACAUCGAGACCGAUAAGGUUCGCAAUAAAGUUAAUACUAUACUAACUCCCAUUAAUUUAAUAAAUGCUAAUGUUGAUCGUGCAGCAUCUCCUGUGAUAAUUAGUCCUGUAUUAAUACAACCAAUAUUUUUUAAACCAAAUAAUGCGGUCUUAGAACAUGAUCGAAAAUUGGAAAACAAAAAAGGAACGGUUUAUUACAAUGAUAUUGAUCAAGUUAUUACUAAAGAAAAUUAUAAUCCAGAAAUUGAAGCAACAUAUAAAAAUGAUAAUGAAAAUAGAAAGAAAGGUAUUUAUCAGAAAAAUGCCAAAGUUAAGUCUCAUACGUUUUUCCCAUUACGAAACGUUGGAUCGAGUGAAAAUGAGUUAGAAACAAAGUCACCUUUGUCACCGCCGAGUACAACACCAGCUUUAACGCCCACAAAAACUGUAGCUAAGCUAUCAAAAACACCCGAAUGGUUGAUUGAUAACCAAUAUUAUCAGCCUAUAGAAAAUAUUCCAUUCGUAAUUAAUACAGCCCACGCGUUUGUAAAACCUAGUAUCUUUAAAAAAGAUCAUAAAACUAAUAUAGUAAAUACUAAUCCAUUUUUACCACACAAUCAAUAUAAAAAGGAACCAGAACCAGAGAAUUAUUACGAAGAAAUUGGACAACCAGUAAUUCAGAUUCGAUCCCCAAGGAAUGUGGCUGACGAUGACAAAAUAUCGAAUAAAAAUUCAGCUGGAGAUGAUUUUCCCUCUAUAAUACGAGAGGAUCUUUUGAAAGUGCCACGAAGACCCAAAAGGACGAAAAAACAUGAUUCUCGGCCACUGAAAGACAAUAACGAAGAAAAGGUGAUUUCUUCUAUCACAAAGUCUGUAAUUUCCUUGUCACGGUCACCAAGUGCAAAUGAGAUCGUCAUUAAAAGAUCUACAGGAUCUGUUGGAGAUAUAGUCCAAAGUUUGGAAAAGAGUCAGCGAAUUGAAUCAAAAACUGUACCAGAACCGCCUCCUAGGAAAUUUUCGCUGCAAGGACAACCUGCUCCUAAUUUGGAACCCAAUACGGGCUCACUUCCUCGAUUAAGAAAACCUUAUCACUGGAAGACUUUGGAGCAUAAGAGGCUUUCGCAUCCAAUAAGGUCGCUUAACGAUUCAGCGCCGUCGCGACCUCUACCAAUGCCUCCCCGAACAGAAGACACGCCGCCUCCUCCGUUGCUGUCCAGCGCCUCCUUACAAGACAUCAUGGCGACUGCCGCAUCUCAUAGACGGACCAAAGGCGUUAGCCGGCAAGACUCACGGCUAUCAGUGAAGUCUCUCAUAGAAAGCAUUGAAAACGCAGCAAAGGCGGCCAAGCAGUCGCCGGCGACCACGCCCGUCACCGAGUGGCCACAGGUGCAGAGCACAGUGGGCGUGACGACAACAGCGAACAACAUGAAGAAUGGCAUGUCGGAUCCGACGCCCACGCCCACCAACGGCAUGUCCGCACCCAACUUCGCAGCCAAGCCCCCCGCGCCCCGCAACAACAGGCCUUCUCCCAUCACCACUGAAUCGUCGGCGACGGCGGCCACUAUGACCAACAUGGCCAAUAUGGCCAACAUGAGCAGCAUGGCCAACAUGCCCGACGAGCAGCGCGCGCUCGCUACGCUGCAGCAGAAGGCCAUCGAGUCGUUCGUACGGCGGAAUAGUUACGGAGAUAUAUGUGAAAGAAAAGAUCCUCUGAAUGCUCUCCAAGUAAAAAAUGGUGGAUCAAAACGGAAUGCGCUUCUCAAAUGGUGUCAACAGAAAACGUUAGGAUACAACAACAUCGACAUUACAAAUUUUAGUUCUUCCUGGAACGAUGGCAUGGCUCUAUGCGCUUUACUGCACUCAUACCUGGGCGAGGCGCGCAUCCCAUACGUGUCUUUGUCGCCGCACGACAAGCGCACCAACUUCUCCGUCGCCUUCGCCGCUGCCGAGUCCGUGGGCAUACCGACCACUUUGAACAUUCAAGACAUGAUCCAGCAAGAGAGACCAGACUGGCAGCAAGUGAUGGCGUACGUGACCAGCAUUUAUAAACAUUUUGAAACUUAGUUUAUUUACCCAAGGCUAGCACGCCACCAUUAUGGAAAAAUUGUAUAACAUCAAAUCGGUAAAUCGCUUUUUGGCUGUAAAUUAAGCCAUGGUUGUUCUUUGAUUUGCCAUUUCAUGGAUCGAGUCCAAUUCAGUUUUUUAAUGGAAUGGCAAAUAUCUAGAAUAAUAAAGAUCUUAAAGGUUGUAAUUUGUAGGUAAUGUAACAUUCCCGUAAGGAUAGUAAAGUUUGUUGACCAACCGCAAUGGUGAAGGAAUAGGUUAUAUUACAUUUUGAACAAUAUUUUCACAUUUUUUUUUUUGCUUUUGUUAAUUUAUUUUCAUAAACAAUGUUAUUGGUAACUUUUUUUCCGCUUUCAAUUUAAAUCUGAACGGAUAUGGAUAAAACUUUUAUUUCUUAUUAAAACUUGACGUUCUAGUAGGAUGUCUAUAGCAUAAGAAAAAACGGUUUUUGCGGUUGGUUUGUGUGAUAGUGGUCCGCCAUUUGUGAAAUUGAAUUGCCUUGUAAACGGCCUUUGUUGUGUGAGGAAUUGAUAUACGUCAUUCCUUAUGAAGACUGAUUUUUUAGGUUAGUGGAUGAGGGUCUAAUUAUUACUUUUAUGCCGUUUUAAUAUUAUAGCAGUACAUUCGCGUUCAUAUUGAUGCUGAAACUAACAAAAAUAAGUACAUACAAUUCAUAAUUUGUUGCAAAAGUUGUAAAAAUAUUGAAAUGUUUGCCAAAAAACAUAUUCAUACAAAAUGUGUUCAAUAUUACUUCAAAUAUGACAUCAAGAACCUAAUGUAUAUACUGAUUAGAAAUAAAAACAAUGCAUGCUUAUAAAAUUUUACAGAAUGUACUCAGUACUUCUGUCAUAUUAACGCGGCAUCAGAUAAAUAUACCUACUUAUUGCAGGGGUAUUCAACUUUUUCUUAAAUCAAUUUAAACUAUUGGAGAUAAAUAAGCUUCAGUGUACUUAUAUGUUUCAUAUUAUAAUACGCGAUAAAAAUAUUUCAUGAAAUUGUUGUGUACCCCUGAAAUUUGAUGAAUGAGUGUAAGUAACGUAAGAUAAAUAACAGAAAUGCCUUAGAGUAUUCUAAAUAAUCACCCUUCUCGGUCACUUAUGCGAGAAUAUGUUUUGUAUUCACGGAAAUAGAAUCAAAAUUGAAUAGCCUGCCUGCCAUUCGUUUGUUAAAAUACACAAUAUUAAUCGAAAACCGUACUUCCUUAAGAGUUAAUGGACUAUAUUAAGAGCGGUUCUAUAUAAUCCGAUCCAAUAUUUAGGUUGUUCGAUAGUAAUAUGGAAUAUAUGUAUAAAUAAUUCAUAAAUUUCACGUGCACCCAGAUAUCAUAUCGAAUAAUAUGGAAACGCCCUGACACCUUUUCUAUCUUAAAACGUAAUAUUAUUAAAUAAGAUUUACGUAAAUAAAAUAAUUGUUAAAUGCCUUCGAUGUCUGUAUCCUGUUUAACGCCUUAUUACAGUAUCUAGGUAGUUUUUUAAAUUUGACAAUUAUAAUAUCUAAGUAAUUAAAGUAAAGGUGGGUGAAGUCUGCCAAUCCCCAUUGAGCCAGCGUGGUAGACUAGGGCCUUAACCCUUCUCACUCUGAGAAGAGACCCGUGCUCAGUAGUGGACCGGCAACGGGUCGAUCAUGGGUCGAUGAAUUAAAGUCCCGUCUCCAGUUUCCACCGCGUUUCAGUUCCUUAAACAACCCUCGCCCCCUUUGAAAUGUCGACCACACAUGUCCCGGUUCCACACGGCCGCGGUCAGUCCGAUGCGAGUUUAUUUUGUUUGGAACCGAAACUGGUGUGGAACUGAGCUCUUCGUAAAAAUAAGACAUGAAAAGCUCUUACUUGAUAAAAUUUAAAGUAUCCAUUAAACAUGGAUUUUGUGAAUGUAUAAGUCAAUGGAAAUAAAAUUAAAAUACAUGUACUUUAUUGUAUAAUGCGUAAAAAAUGACUCCUCACGCGCCUUUUUGACUUUAUGUGUCAAAUAUCCUGUCAAAAGUACGAUUUCAGUCCUUAUCUUAAUGUGCUUUUGACAUUACAGUUGACACAUACAGUUAAAAUUUAAAUCAUUUAAAUUUAAAUAAAACUAUAGUUUUGUUUAAGAAACGCCUUAUAUAGUAAUUAAUAACCGAUCUCUCUCAGGUAACACAGAAAAACAAAAUUCAGGUUUACUCUAAAUAAUUAAUAGUCCCUGAGAAGGAAUAAACAAUUGCUUGAAAACUGAUGAAUACUAUAAAAUAUAUAUUCGUAAAAAUGAAUGUGUCCCUGAUUCUACUGCGAAGUUUUAAAUUGCUUGGCAAUUUUUACUCACACAAACACAAAGUUCAUGAUUCGAUAUUUCAAUAUUACUUAUACAUUUGUUUUAGCUAGUAAAUUGAAAUGUAACGAUCGAGUUUUGAAAGUUAUUUUGGUGUUGUAAUUCUAAAAAUAUUAUAUUACUUUCAUUUGUUAACUUAAUUAGGAUUGAAUUGGUUACCUGUCUUAUAAGGUUGUCUUAAGAAGCUUUGAAAAAUAUAAAGCGUACCUAAGUUUAAUGUAAUAUUGCAUUAAUAAUGAUGCUAAUUCGAUUGUGCUCAAAACUUAAACUAAUCGAAACUGAUGGAUCUGAAAGUAAUAUGCUACUCUUUUCACAAUAUUAUCGUUGAAAUAAACAGCACAGUUUAUAUCCUAAUAACUCUGUUAGAUUAGCUGUUUAUUGUAUAAUUGAAUAAGCAUUGUGUCUUAAGCACACAUCGAAAUUUCUAGAUAGUACGUUACUACUACACUUAUUUCACGUCAAAUUAUUUCCUACAAGAAUACAUAAACGAAAUAUAAUAAAAUAUGAGUAACUAAAAUGUGGAUUAGAUUUUGUUUUAUAAGAAAUCGUACCUCUUUACUUUAAUGGAAAAUGCAUACGUGUCGAAAACGUAGCCGGCAGGAUUACCGGCAUGUGUGUAUCCACCUUAAUGAAAUAUGAUUGACAUGGAAUAUUAUUAUUAUGAUAUAAAUGCAAUUUAUUACUGAAUGAUAUUAUUUUAUUUUGUACCAUUUAAAGGUAAAACAUUUUUCAUUUACUUCUUGCUAGCAAAUUAACAUCAAUGUAAGUAAUAAGUAUGUACCAACUGUACGUAUUUAGUUUAGGCACGAGUAGCUGACCAAUGUUUUACUUGUAAAUGAAAUUAUUUUAUGAAAUACCAUAUUAUAAGAUUUAUUUUGAGGAAAUAUAAUUGCGGGGAUACGAGAAAUAAAUAAUUACUUACCUACUAUAUUUAUAUUAAUUUUAAUUGACUAAUACAAAAAAAAGUUUGUCAGUUAAAGUUAUAUUAAAUUUUGACAGUUUGCGUGCUGGGAAUCUUGACCAAACUAACUGUUAAAAUGUAAAAAGCAUUACGCAGUCAAAUAUUGGGCGUUUUAAAAAUCGGCCUGUAGAAAAGGAACGGGGUCCACCCAUCGCGAUGUAAUGUGUCCUCAGCCUUAUACCAAUCCUUGUUUCGCAAAAUGACUAUUCGUUGAAGCUAUAAUAUAGAUUAAUUAUCUAUUUUCAGAUAUUUGUAUUUCUGUAAAUAUAGCUAAAAUAAAGUUCCUGGUUUAUUUAAAAAAACGUCUUUUAUUCAACAAUAACAAUCUCUUAGACACUAGUAAUCACGUUUUGUUCGUAUAAAAUUUAAAUACACAAACUCAUUUUAUUUACAAUAGCCUUAUUUAUUCUUCUAAGGUCCAGUUGCAUGAAAGGCGGGUAAAGUAAAGUGACUGUUACCGAUAAACUUUGACCGCUAAAACGAGUUAUACAAUUCAGGGUUUGUUAAUUUUACCU